UAGACCUUGAAUGGCUACUAAUGUCAGUACUUUACUGUACUUAUACGUUCGCUCAUUGUUGACUAGUAGGGUCUGUCUUAUUCACGUUAUAUUUCUAUGCUAAUUUGUACAUGUGUGUUUGUUGCCGAUUAUUCGGAAAUGUUUGGUUAUGCUCCUUGGUUUGGUUAUGUCUUUUAAUUUUAGUUAGAACGUUAAAAAAUUUAAAUAUUUGAAAUUACUGUUUUUCAUGCUCGGUCCCACAAUGAGUUUUAAUUUCACUGUCUCUCCUCGUGUGUUCAAAGCAUUGUUAAAUGUUGACAUUAGUGAAUUAACAAAUUGUACCGCCCAAGAAAUUCGGCCGGUUUUACCGUGCCUGGUACGAAUGAGUUUAAUUUCUUCUUUAGAGAACACAAGAGAGUGUGUGGAAGGAAGAAAGGAAAUACUGACACUCUUGUCUGGAAUAGAACAUGUCAACUCUAUAGUAGCAUUAUUGUCUAUUGAUUUCCACAUUCUAGAAACCGACGUAAAAAAGGAACAGCAAUUACGGCAGAAGAUGGGAGCGGUGGCGUCCGACAGCAUCCUGAUACAGUCCCUGCAGAACGGACUGGCCCUGGAGUUCGAGCGAAGCGACUCGACCCGUAGGCUGCGGCUGGUUCUCAGCGAAAUUCUGGCCAUCGGGUCGCAGGUGCGGGAGGAGCAGAAGACGGGCGUGAAGGCCUCGGAGCUGUUCGACAACACGGUGUACGUGCCGGAGAUCUGCGACGUGCUGUGCAUCGCCAUGGCGGAGCUGCCGGGCGUGAUCAGCAUCACGGACGUGGCGGAGACCUUGCUGCACGUGCGGCACGGCCCGGAGAUCAUCUGCUGGGUCGUGGCCAACACGCCGGACUGCUUCCGCGAAGUGUGCGUCGGCCUGAUCGCCAACGGGGACCGUCAGGAGGACGACUCGGCUGCCAGCAGGAUGCGCAUGCAGGCAGUCAGCAUGCUGUGCCAGAUGAACCCGUCCCAGGCCCUGCCCAUUCGAGCCAAGUGUGUGGAGAUGUGCCGCAUGCCGGCCCUCGCCAUCACGCUGAGCCUGGAGCACGCGGGCCGCACCCUGGCCGGGGACUCGGAGGGCGACAUGGUGGCCUUCGUCUCCGGCCUGCUGCUGGGCAACGACCAGCAGGUGCGCAACUGGUUCGCCAUGUUCGUGCGCAACAGCCAGAAGAGGAAGUACGACCUGCACGCCGCGCUGCAGCUGUGCCGCAGCGAGCUGCUGCGCCGCCUGCAGGCCCUGGUGCUGUUCUCCGAGGACAGCCGGCUGCCGGGCGGCUGCGUGGUGGAGGCCUCGGCCCUGCUGCGCCUGUACUGCGCCCUCAGGGGCAUCGCCAGCAUCAAGUUCCAGGAGGACGAGGUGGGCCUCAUCGUGCAGCUGCUGACGUCGCACCCCCCGCCCUCGCCGGCCGGCGUGCGCUUCGUGUCCAUCGGCCUGUGCAUGCUGAUCGCCUGCCCCUCGCUCAUCGGCCAGCAGGAGCACGAGAAGCGCAGCGUCGAGUGGGUGCAGUGGCUGGUGCGCGAGGAGGCCUACUUCGAGAGCGCGAGCGGAGUGGCGGCCUCGUUCGGCGAGAUGCUGCUGCUCAUGGCCAUCCACUUCCACAGCAACCAGCUGAGCACCAUCUGCGAGCUGGUGUGCUCCACGCUCGGCAUGAAGGUGCCCAUACGCCACAACAACAUGACGCGCAUGAAGCAGAUCUUCACGCAGGAGAUCUUCACGGAGCAGGUGGUGACCUCCCACGCGGUGAAGGUGCCGGUCACCGCCAGCCUGAACGCCAACAUCACCGGCUUCCUGCCCGUCCACUGCAUCCACCAGCUGCUCAAGAGCCGGGCAUUCACCAAGCACAAGGUGCCCAUCAAGGAGUGGAUCUACAGCCAGAUCUGCAGCAGCGUGGCGCCCCUGCACCCCGUGCUGCCCCCCCUGGUGGAGGUGUACGUCAACUCCAUGCUGGUGCCCAGCUCCAAGGUGCCCCAGGAGCACACCAACACCCCCAUCACGGAGGAGGAGGUCCGGGCCGUGUUCGGGACGUCCCUGGACUGCGGGCCGGGCGCCCGGGGCCCCUCGCUCACCUGCCAGCUGCUGCUGCUCUACUACCUGCUGCUGUACGAGGACGUGAGGCUGGCCAACACUCAAAAUAUCCUCUCUUCUGGCCGCAGUGUGAAAAUUUAUUCAGCUGAGUUCCUCUCUGAGAUUCCAAUAAAGUAUUUGCUCCAACAAGCACACAAGGAUCAGCAGAGCUAUGCAGGUCUGUUCUCUCCCCUGCUGCGACUUCUGGCAACUAACUUCCCACACCUUUCGCUGGUGUGUGAUUGGUUGGACGACAACAUUCUGCAAGACCAGUGUGAGCGCCACAUGAUGUUCCAGUUGACGAAGAAGCAGCUCAGCUUCCAGAUAACGGACUCGGUCAUCGACGAAGCGUUCAGGAACGUGCACACGUGUCCCUCCAGAACCAGCAUGAUCCUGCAGCAGCUGAUAGCGUCGCCCCCCAAGGAGGUGUGGCAGUUCGCGGGCACCAUCGUCUCGCACUUCAAGUCGCUGCUGGACGACAAAAUGCCACGGAUCAUCCAAGAGCUGUGCAAGAAGGUGUGGCUGGCGCUGAACAGCGUGCUGCCCCGGAAGCUGUGGGUGCUGACCACCAACGCGCUCCUGCACGAGGGCGGCUCCGCGGCCGUCACACAAGAGAGCAUCGUGUUGGACCCCCUGCAGGUGCUGCGCUGCGACUUCCGGGUUUUCAGGUGCGCGCCGGUGCUGGAAGUGGUGCUGCGCGUGCUGGAGGCGGCGCUGGCGGCCUCCAGGAACCAGCUGGCCAAGCUGGCGCUGGAGCGGCCCGCGCCGGCGGCCGGCGAGGCGGAGCGCGAGGAGCUCAGGGCCACGCUGGUGGCCGUGCAGGAGAGCGCCGCGCUGCAGAUCCUGCUGGAGGCCUGCCUCGAGACGGACGACGACAAGGAGAAGCCGUGGCUGAAGUGGGCGCUGAGGGAGGUGCGGAGCGUCGUCUGCUCGUUCCUCCACCACUGCUUCAUCGCGGAGCCGUCCCUCGCCAAGCUGGUGCACUUCCAGGGCUACCCCCGGGAGCUGCUCCCAGUCACGGUGGAGGGCGUCCCCUCCAUGCACAUCUGCCUGGACUUCAUCCCGGAGCUGCUGAGCCAGCCGCAGCUGGACAAGCAGGUGUUCGCGGUGGACCUGGCCUCGCACCUCGCGCUGCGCUACAUCGUGCCCAAGUCGCUGUGCGUGGCGCGCCUCGCCGUCAACACGCUCUCCACGCUGCUGCAAGUGCUGCCGUGCAGCAGCCGGGCGCUGCUGUUCGAGCCGGUGCUGCCGUCGCUGGCGCGGAUCUGCCGUGCCUUCCCGCCGCUGGUAGACGACACGGUGUCCCUGCUGAUGCAGCUGGGGCGGGUGUGCGAGGCGCAGCGCUCCCUGGCGGGGCCCCGGGGCGACCCCGACGAGGAGCUGUGCGUCCGUGUGCGGGAGACCUUCUCCGCCAUCGUGCGCCAGGCCGUGCUCCGCGAGAAGGUGUACUAGCCCGCCUGCCGAGGACACCAGCACACGCCGGCGACGGAUACAAGAUCCGACAGUAAACGUGGCCGACGUUUUAAAAAAAAACAUUGUUUCUAUUUAUCACAAACAAAUACGUAUGGUAUAAUUCCUUGGUAGGAUGGAUAUUGCGGUUAAGAGACCAUUUAAUAAGCAUAUUGGCUCAUUAGUUUUUACUAGAGACCGGAAAAAUUCGCGGGUUCAAUGACCUCCAGGAUAGACUCCAAUAUCCUCUACACACUCUGGCGAAUGCCAACUGUUCAUUGGCCGCUGACUUGUGAGUCGUCUCGACUGGGUGGCCUGUGAUUCGACACUUCAAUGAGUGAGGGUCUCUUAUUGGCCCUCAUUACUCCAGAUUAACAGUGAACCAAUGACAGAAGCAGCACUGAGGUAUAAUUAUUAGAAUUUUAGCAUAACACGAAAUGAACCCGCAAAUUUUUCAGGUCUCUAGUUAUUACAUUAUUUUUUAAUUCGUGAUAUUGUUCGUCACAAUACACACAGAUUGAGUGUUUAAAAAAAUUGUAUAUAAAACUACUAUUUACAAGUAGUAGUACACACUUACAAAUUUAAAUAAUUACACUAAAAAUUAUGUUUUGAAAUUUUACAGCCUAGUGUUAUUUUUCCUCAGUUUUUUUUUAAAGGUGAUUUCGCUAUCCUUGUUGCAUUAAGUAAUGCAGCUGAAACACUGGCUGUUGCACAGAAAAGUAAUUUAAAUACGUAGCUCACUGACAUUUCCUAUGGCAGAAGCAGGUGGAGGGUAUUUAGGAACCCCAGUAAACUGUAACUAAAAGCUGUGUUAAAAUAAGGCAAAAGUGAUGCAAAAUGUUGAUACUGAAACAUAAAAGUGGUGCAAAAAAUCAGUGUAAAAAGUUUAAGCACCAUAUUGGAUGGGAAAUUGAAAAAAUAUCAUGCUAUUCCACUGAUGCAUAGUUUUAUCAUUUCCUUCACAGCUUCAGUUCAUUUUCACCGACUGGACAGCUCUCUUCCCAAGUACAGUAAAGCUUAUUAAUUAGGGAUGUGCGAAAGUGACUUUAUCCACACGAAAUGAAAGUGAAAAAAAAUUUAUCAAGUUUCGCGAAAGCGAAACGAAAAUGAAUUUUUCUGAGAGAUAAAUAUAUUCUUAACGAAAGUUAAGCGAAAUUUUUUAAUUAACAAAGAAAAAAAGUGCCCCAAAAUUUGCUCUUCAGUAAUAAAUUCUAUUACAUAAAUCAUUUUGGUACCUUUUGAUGUAUAUAUAAAUAUUACUAUUUAAUAAAAUCAACAUCCGCCCUAGACCACACAACACAGCCCCAUGUCACUCGUAAAUUUCAAGAAUCAAUCCAGAUCUUUCAGCGCACAGACUAUUUCCUUUACAGUCGUAAUGUCGCAGUUUAUGAUAAUAUAUUUAUCACGUGCAUGGUACUGAUGAAAAAAUACGUGAAUACUGCGGAACGGCCGCCAUCUUGCACCACUGUCACACAUGGCUAGCUCAGGAAGCUGUAAACCAGGCAAGGGACAUGGUCAAAACAAAACAUAACAAAUGGUUGCUGCCAAGUGGUCAUUACAUGCAGUGACUUGUUGACCUUUUUGUCUAAUUGGCUGUAUAUUAUGAGGAUUUUAUAUGCCAGUCAGAGUAUGUAAAAUUUAAAUAAAGCAGACGACAAUGUUUUUGUUUGGCUGUGUGCGAAUAAAAGUAGAUACGUUCUUUGUUUAUGUGUAUACGGUAAAUACUAAAUAGUGUACUAGCAGUUCUGGAAUGUAUGUUUUACGAAUAUAGUACCUACACUACUGUUUGAAAGCAAAUGAAUCAGGUAAUUUUUCAAAUAUUGCAUGAUUUUGUUUUGAUACCUAGACCUUCUGUAAUCACGGUUGAAUUUUGUUUACUUUAUCUGCCAUGUUUGUUCAAAUUAUGAUUUUACCGUAUUUUCAUUAACGUGAGUUUUUUUCAUCACCACGUAAAUUAAUCUUAAUGGAAAUCUUUUUUCUAAUUAAUGUCUUUAUAUGAUUUGCAUAUGUUAUUACAUUAUUAAUAAUAACAAGCAAAUCAUAUAAAGACAUUACAGUAGAAUCUCAGUGCUAAGUACUUACAGGUACCUCAAGUUUUUGUACUUAGCACUGAAACAUGCAUACAUAUCUUUACAAAGAGAAAAAAAUAUAUAAAAAAAAUAGCUACAGGAGAGCCGCAAUGCCAUAUGUAUUCGCAACUGCGACUUGCUUUUUUCCCCUUGUCUAGUUCUCUGAGUAUAUCCACUUUUUCCUUAAGCGUGAAUUGCUUUCGUUUCUUUUUAUCUCCAGGAUCAUUCAUAUUGUAGCACAAAUACAAUGCGGUGUCUAAAUAACGUAACCUGAAAAUAAACUCAACAAUAACAAUAAACAAUCCCGGCACACAUCAAACAGUAUUUUUUGCGUAGCGUAACACUUUUGUCUAAAUAAUUAAUACUUCUCUCAAACCUCCGUCUUUCGAUGUAUCGAAUGAUGUUGUGUUGCUCACGUCGCAUACUACGUACGGUAUAAUCUAUGGUUGUGCGCGCAACUGUUUGUUAACUUUGUUUUGAGAAUUUAGAGGUUAGAAAAUACGUUGCGGUGGUAUUUGUGUAUCUUUGUUCCACUACAUUAAUCAUUUAGAAGGAAAUUUAUUUACCAGUUUAAGUAAAUUUUGGUGUAGUAAUGCCACGCUACUAGUAGAAUUUUUACGUUAUAGUGAAAAUGAUACUUUAAACUGAAACCGUUUUGCAUGGCGAAGAUACGAUUUUUGGCGGGGACUUAAAAAAAAUUCGUUAAGUGAAAUAUACUUUAUAAUAAGAAACGUUAUUGUACCGGUAUUAUACUGUACAUUUUUAUUAAAUUACGAUUUAUUUUUCAACUAGAACAAACGAACUUCGGUAAGCUAUUGAACUUUCGUUUGGCUCGAAAUAUUUCGCUAAAAACGAACUUCGACAGAUGAAAUUCUUACCGAAAUCGAAAAUGAAAGUAGCAAAAUUUCGAUUUCGGUAUCGGUAUACCGAACAUUCGCACAACCCUAUUAUUAAUAAAACAGUUUCAGUUACCUAUUUCCACAAUCAAUCGCAUAUCCCAGGAGUCAGCUGCAAUAUUUUCUUGGAGUUAUUUCAUUUCUUGGUCUCAAAUUUCCAUUUUGUGUGACUUAUUUUUAUUUUCAUAUUAAUUUGGCAGUACACUAUGAUUAAAUAAUUUUCUCCUGCAGAGUUGUAAGAGUUAUAACUGUUUUGGUUUAUCAUAAUACCUAGAUUGUGACAUUGUUUCUAGUUAGUAUUUUCAUGGCUGAGAACUGGUGGCCCCAACUACUCGAACUGGAAACCUUUAUGUCUAAUAAAUGAGUAGUUCAUGUAUAAACACCUUCAGAAUAUGUAUCUUCUCUUGAACAGGUGAUAAUCUUAUGUUUCACACUUUCAAAAUUCAAUUUAUGAUGUUUUUCCAUAAAAGUGAUAGCUGUAUUUUUGAUGUAAAAUCUUUUUUUUCUAAUAAACUGAAAAGAUAAAUUUA